AAACCGCGGUUGAAACCGCCAACUGUAUCGUGAGGAAGGAACCGGUAGUUGGCUCCUGUAGCCUUCGUCGAGCGUUGUCUACUUGAUACUUCUUCCUCUGCUUAUACUCCAGAGCUGAUUAUUUUACGGUUAAACAAACGAAACAGGUGCUCGAGGGUGCAACACGAUGAUCAAGCUCGCGGCCGUCUUUGUGGUUGCCUCGUUGCUCCACUUGGCUUCAGCAGGAGGACAGCACGGUGGACACGACCAUGUGGUAAUUCACGUGCCCUACAAGAUCAAGACGAUUCAUCACACGCACACCAUCACGAAACACAUCCACCAUGGCGGUGGAGGUGGUGACAAGUACGAAGUUCUAGGCUACACCGUGGGUCAUCCGAUAGAUUUGGGAGGUCACGGCGGCGGUGGUGGUUACGGUGGUGAUAUCGGAGGCGGCCACGAUUUGGGCGGUGGUGGCGACUUCGGUGGUGGCCAUGUCGAAUACAGCAGCGGUGGCGGCGGUGGAGGUGGUGGCCACAUUGAAUAUAGCGGUGGCGACAUUGGCGGAGGAUACGGUGGCGGUGGAUUCGGUGGCGGCCAUGGAGGAGGUCUCGGAGGUGGAUACGGAGGAGGUGGUCUCAGUGGUGGAGGUCACGAAGACUGGGGUGGCCAUUAACCAGUGGCUCGCGCUAAUUUUGGGAGGAAUACGGUAGUUUUCUUUGCAAAAGUUCGAUUGGUUGUUCGAAACGCGCUUUCGACUCGAAUUUUAUUUUAUCUGGUACUUGGUUACGGUACCAAACGAGUAUCUUUUCUUUUAUUUUAUCUCAUUUGAGAGAAGAAGAAAAUCAAUUUGUUAAGUCUUUUUGAGCUUUAGUCAGUUACCGGGUACUGGUGACGUGUUUAUAAUUUUCUAAAAUGUGGGAUAUGUUCGAUUUGAAAGGAAGCUUCUGUUUUCGAGAAGCUUCUAUUAGAAAGUAUAGAAUAUCGAAGAAGUCGAGUCACCGCGCUUCAAAAAACCAUCAAGCAUCCCCCCAUCGCACGACACUUUCACCUCUUCACGUUUAAGGGAGAUAGUCCUGAAGAGAUAGAUAUUUCUUCCGAGAGAUUUUAUGUCUUUUAUUAUUGUUAUUUUUGUUUCUUGACUGGUGUUCUUCGGGGAAUGCUGAUCGACACUUUAUCGCCCUGCCUCUUACCUCUCGUCCUAGUCUCUCAUCAAUCUGUUGUCACAUCGUU